GGACAGUAAGCUCAUUAUGGCUAAACAAUAAUAUAAGGACAUGAACAUCUUAAAGCACAUGCUGUCAUAUCUCACAUGGCUUAUCUAAAGCUCAGCUUGAGCAUUUUUAAUAGUCAAAUCUUUGGCCUAUGUGUGCACUACAUUCGUUUAAUUUAUAAUCAGAAUUCAAUGACAAUAGAUGCAAACGCCUCCAAUAUAAAUUCAGAACACAUGAAGGGGUGAAAAAGUUGGAAAAGUGGAAAACUCAUGGAGCCUAUUGGCAACUCUUGUGAGUCUUCUUUUUACAAAGAUGAAAAAGUGGAAGCUGCGGAUCUUCUUCUCGAGGAGUGCUGGUUCUUUGAUAACUUGUUAAAGAUAGCACCAAGGAUGACAAGGUGUCACUCUGAUCCUUACCCUUCUUCCACUGGCCUAAUCAGCCCCCCAGAUUUUUUGGUGAAGGACUCAAACUCAUCAUCACCAAGUAAACCACCAAACAAUGGUGCUAUUGUUCAUUCUAAGAAGAUCCAGAGAGCACCAUCCAUGCCACCAUUGAGAUUGAGAGAAGAAGACCAUAAAGGAAGCUGUUCUGUUAGGAGCAAAUUGGUGCACCAACCAACAGAUCCUGUUGUGUCUCAUGCAGCAAGUGAACCUCAUUGUGCACAGAUGAAAGGACAUCAUAACAGUGAUUGUAAUAGAAGGAAAAGCAAACUGCUAAGAACACCAUCUUUGCCUCCAUCCAUAGGGAGAGAAGAAAAGUUCCAAGUAAAUGAUACUAGAACUGGCAGAUCCCACAAGCAACCAUCAACACCUACACAUAUUGACAUUCUUCCCCCCAGGCAAACCUCUAAGUCUUGUAGCAUUCCAAGAUGUAGACCAGCCAGAAAGACUGAGGUUGAAAGCUUCAACAAAGAGGGUAUUAUGGAGAUGAGGCGCAGGUUCCUGAAUCAGAAAACAAUGAGGAGAAGCCUAAGUGAUCUUGAAUUUGAAGAAGUUCAAGGGUUCAAGGAUUUGGGGUUCUCAUUUGAGAAGGAAGCCUUAAGUCCAAGUUUAGCUAGCAUACUACCUGGCUUGCAAGAGAAAAAAAGAGAUGAGACAGAAGAAGAUAAGGCAGCAAGGAGACCAUACUUAUCAGAGGCAUGGUUGGUGCAAAGUUGUGCUCCUCCUAUUCCAAAUUGGGCUUCUCACAAGUCUUCAGGUGACAUGAAAGAGCAAAUCAAGUUUUGGGCUAGAGCAGUGGCUUCAAACGUACACCAGGAAUGCUGAGAAAAGCCAUUGAUUGCAUUAUAGUGUCAUAAUCACACUUUACUGAUCAAUUCUUUGUAACAAUUGUCUAAGAACAGGAAAAUAAUAAUGAUAAUAAUAGUAAUUCUUGGUAUUUGUUCUGCUA